AUGGGUAAUCUUCAGCAAGAGAAACAUUAAUUUUCCAUGUAUUUAAGUGGUGGAGGCAAGAGAAAAUUAUGUUUGGAUAUUACUUUGAUUGAAAAUUCUUAAGUUCUUCUUUUGAAUGAACCUACUACUAACAAACAUAGAAGAUAUUGA